AUGUAUGAUGUUGAUCCUUUAGUAUUAACUGAUCUUAAAAGUGAACUAGACUAUGUAAGGAAUCUCAUGGAGAGACGUGCAUUAGAAGAAACAACUUUCACCGAAGGAAACGAUGGUACAGUAAACAUUUCAGGACCAUCAGGAACUACAAACGUUCCAGGAGUAGAAUUUGUGGAAGAUCCGGAUGGGCUUCUUCCAGUUGUGCUAGAUGUAUUUAAUGAUUAUACUUUUGAUACUGACUGGUUUAACAUAGAGAAACGUCUGGAACGACUAAAUAAACUUUCUACAGUGGAGAAGAAGAGGGACUUUAGAAACCAGGUAGAGCGUGUUCAAGCUGUCACAAGAGUUAUUAAAGGUAAGGAGGGACUAAUACUAGACCCUAAGAAUAAUUAUGUCAGGGAACUCCUCAAACGAUCAUCUGUCAGAACACUUAAUGAUGGCAUAGAGGUGUUGGUAUUUAGAAGUGAACAAGGUAUUGACAAAAGUGGGACACAGAUAAUGAAACGUGGUAAGACCAGCAAACCUGUGUACUCCAAGAACUCCAUUGCAUUGAGAGAAUACAAGGACCUUAUAAAGAAAAUAAAAGAGGUACAUACGGAUCCUGACGUUAGAAUUAGAAGUGAUGAAUCAAUUUACGAGGAUACCAGAGAAGAGCCCCAAUUUGAUAGCAGUGAUAAGGAAUUUGCUGAUCGGGAGAAUACUGAGUUAAUAGACAUAGGUGCAACUAGGAGACCUUCCAGGGCUAACAUUGGCAGAAAACAAUGA